UCAAUGGCUCCUCCCACACCAAUCCACACGUUGUGUUGUUGUUCUGGUCGUGGGGGAAGUUUUUGCUUCUGUCAAGCUGAAGAUGCUUUAAUGCCAUGUCUGAAGUACUGAUGAGAGAAAUGGAGGAGGUAUCCCUUUGUCACACAAAGACAGAGGAACACCCAGAAAACGGUCGGAGUUUUCUUUUGGUGGACGAACAGGAAAACCUGCAGGUUCAAGAUGAGGCCCAGUUCCUGGAGAGGCUGGGCUGUGGCGAUGUGCAGGGGGUCAAGGUCCUCUCCAUCUUUGGCAACACAGGCGAUGGCAAGUCCCACACCCUCAACCACAUCCUGUUUGGCGGGGAAACCGUGUUCUACACCUCCAAGUCCCCCAGCUCCUGCACGGUGGGCGUCUGGGCUGCCUUCGACCCCGUGCUGGGCCUGGUCGCCCUGGACACGGAGGGCCUGCUGGGCGCGGCGUCCAACCAGAACCAGCGCAUGCGUUUGCUGCUGAAGGUGCUGGCCGUGUCGGACAUGGUGGUGUACCGGACCCGGGCCGAGCGCCUGCACAACGACAUGUUCCAGUUCCUGAGCAGCGCCUCGGGGGCCUACCAGAAGCACUUCACCCCGGAGCUGCGUGCCCUCUCCAGCCGCUGUGGCAUGGAUGUGCCCCUGUCCUCUCUGGGGCCGGCGGUCAUCGUGUUCCAGGAGACCACCCACACCCAGCUGCUGGGCCACGAGAGGAAGGAUGUCCCGGGCUUCGCAGACACUCAGCUCCAGCGGCGCUUCCAUGACCUGGGUCUGGGCACGGAGGCCUUCAGCUCGGUGCAGUACGUGGGCACUCAGACGGUCACGCCGCCCACUGACUACUCUCUGCUCCUGGAGGCCAUCCGGCAGCAGGUCCGGAACACCGCCACGCGCUCCCCACGCCAACCGGCCAUCGUGUUCAGCGCCCUGCAGGCCCUGAGUGACAGGUUCUGUGGGGAGAUUGCGGACGACAAGGUCCCCCUCUACUCUUUCUUCCCUGACGAAUACUUCACCUGCUCCGCGGUCUGUCUCAGUUGCAACAUACGCUGUAAAAAUGGGAUGAAUCAUCUGAGAGAUCGGGUUCCUCACCUGGCAGACGGGUUGUGUCAGUUCGCCCACCAGUACAACAACAAGGUUCUCAUCUGCAAGAGAUGCUAUGAGGGGGGCCGAGAGGUGAUUGUCAUCCCCAAGACCUCAGCCUCCACUGACAACCCUUGGUUUGGGCUGGCGAAGUACGCCUGGUCUGGGUAUGUUCUAGAGUGUGGCAGUUGUGGAAUCAUCUACCGCAGCCGGCAGUACUGGCUGGGCAACCAGGACCCAGAGAGCAGUGUGGUGCGGCCCGAGGUCAAACACGUCUGGGAAGAUUCUGAGGCGUUCCUUACGGACCACCAGAAUGCAGCCCAGAGGGUUCUGGACGGGAUGAACUGCGUUAUCCAGUCUGUGUCGGACUACAGCGCCGGGCCCACCAAGGCUGUGACGUCCUGGCUCACUGACCAGGUGGCCCCACCCUACUGGAGACCCAACACGGACAUCACUGAGUGUCACAGCUGUAAAAAAGCGUUUGAGGAAGCUGAGAGGAAGCACCACUGCCGCUCGUGUGGCGAGGGCUUCUGCCAGGCCUGUUCCACGUGCCGGAUGCCCGUGCCGGAAAGGGGCUGGGGUAACACCCCCGUCCGGGUCUGUGAUGCCUGCCACCGCCAGGGGGGGACCAGCCCCACCAACCAAGUGUCUGUUGUGGAGCCCCGGGGUCUGAUAGCCCGCCGGGUGACGGAAGUGGCCCAGUCAACCCUCGACAUGGUCACCACCGCCGUGGAGUACCCUCUGUGCUUUGUGAAGGGAGCUGCCCGGCCAGACUAUUGGAUCCCAGAUGACCAGAUCACCCGGUGCUGCCAGUGCAGUAAGACGUUCAGCCCCAGUAUGUCCAAGCACCACUGCCGGUCGUGUGGCCAGGGCGUGUGCGGCGCCUGCUCCUCCCGGAGCCGCCCGGUGCCGUCCCGCGGCUGGGACCAUCCGGUCCGUGUCUGCGACAGCUGCGCCGGCCGCAAGGAGAGCCUGUGAGGGCGGGGGCUCUGGGCUGCUCGGCGCCGGGGAGCCGCUGUGGCUUGUAGCCACCUUUGUCAACGUUGUGUGCACUUUGACUCAUUGGGAAGCCCCGGUCCAGGUGAUUCCCUGGGCUUUGGGGAAGACUCUCAGAUGUUUGAUUCCAAGUAGCGCUCUAAAAAUGGCACUGCCUCAUUUGACAUAAACCGUCUAAAAAAACAGGAACAGGAACUGGAUUUCUGGAGGCCGCAGUCCUGAGGCAGCAGUUUUAAAUGAACAAGUGUAGAAGACACUUGAUCCAACCAGAUGAUAGAUGCUGUCUUCACUAGCCCACGCAAAACUCAGUUGCGUACAAAACCCUACCAGCCACAGGGAGUACAUUUAAAACCGUGAUCUUUUGUUAACCCGAUGUUGGGGGGAGGCGGCUGUGUAGGACAGCCUUCUGUUCAGACCACUACGGUGUGGCGCCCGUGGCAACCUGACAAGGGGGAGGAGAAACGGCAGUGAUGACAUCACAACAUUCUCCUCCUCCCUGAUCUGGUUUCAGACAGUGUGCUGUGGUUUUAGACUAUGCACUACUAGAAUACAGGGCAAUAUAUGCAUACCGACUUCUAAUACUGACAUUCCAAUUCAGGCUAGUGUUACGCCCCCUGUUGGCCUAACAGCACUCUGCAGGCUAGUGUAGACCCUUGAAAAACAUGGUCCGUUCCAGCUUGCUUCCAACAACCAGGUGGAUUUUGAACUGGGGUCAGCACUACUGCUAGAUUCCGUUGUGGGAUAGCGGUAUCCUGUGUUUUUCUUUUUUUUUUUUUUCAGGUGAGGGUUUGUGUUGAUCUUAACAUGUGGGCACUUUAGGGAUUUCUUCAAAAUUCAAAAUGAGUGCAUUGUUUUAAUAUAUGCAAAGGGUUCUGUUCGAAUUUUUCACGUGCUAUGUUGACUUGACUGGAAAUGUUUGUAUGUAGGAAGCCUUGCUGUGGAAAGCACAGAUGGUUGGUAUUUGCAGGAAUAUCAUCAGUCCACUAUGCAGUAUCUACUCAUGUGACAGAAAAGGGAUUUUAAUUUCUCUUAACAAUGGACUGGAACCUAUAAUAACUGGCCUUCUUUGUAGUCAUAAACAAUGGUUGAUUAUGAUUAAAUAUGUACAAUAUAUACUACGCCUAUCUGCUUAUGACAGUCGUGAUUUUCUUCCUUUGCUUGUCUGAGCAUUAAAUAUACUGGAAGUUA